AUGUCAACAGCUGGAGAAAAAACUGUCAAAAAUUACGUUUUGUCCAAUCCAACUACGAAGAAACUCAAGAAUUGUGAAGAAAUGAGUCGCAAGGAUGAAUCGAUCAUUGAUAAAAUAGCUAAGCACGUUGGCGAAUCAUCACCAUCCAAUCAACUUUUGGUAGGAUCAUCGUCGGGCAUGAUGAUCGGUUUUAUAUCGAUGAAAAUUGGUAAAAUAGUUGCUUUGGUCAUCGGCGGAGGAAUUUUAUUGAUGCAGUUGGCGAAAGAGUCGAAUUUCAUUAAAAUUAACUGGAAUAGAAUUAACAACAAAUUGGACAAAUUUAUUGGCAAUGCUGAAGGUACUCUGCAAAAAAAAAACUCAAAGUUUAUGACCAGAUUACUGCAUUUUACAAAGACGAAUGUAUCUUUCACAAGUAGUUUUGCCGGUGGAUUUUUCAUAGCCGUUGGAUGCUCAUAA